AUCAUUAUGCUGUCCACAUCUGUCAUCAAUAACACUGCCUUUCAUCCUUCCACAUUUAUUCUACUUGGAAUCCCUGGAAUGCAAGAUCAGCAUGUGUGGGCUGCCAUCCCCUUCUGCUCCAUGUAUAUCCUUGCUCUGGUUGGCAAUGGCACCAUCCUCUACAUCGUCAUGACAAAUAGAACUCUACAUGAGCCAAUGUACCUCUUCCUGUGCCUGCUUUCUAUCACUGACCUGGUUCUCUGUUCGACCACAUUGCCCAAAAUGUUAACAAUAUUUUGGUUUAGGUCCCACAUAAUUUCCUACCAUGGCUGCCUCACCCAGAUGUUUUUUGUUCACACUAUUUUUGCCACAGAGUCGGCUGUUCUACUGGCCAUGGCUUUUGACCGCUAUGUGGCUAUCUGCCAUCCACUUCAUUAUACAUCCAUCCUCAAUGCCACAGUGAUUGGGAAGAUUGGUCUGGCAUGUGUGGUCCGUGGCCUUAUCUUUGUUUUCCCCUUUGUCAUCCUCAUCAAACGUUUACCCUUCUGUGGACACCACAUCAUCCCCCACACUUACUGUGAGCACAUGGGCAUUGCCAAGCUCGCCUGUGCCAGCAUCAAGCCCAACACCAUUUAUGGACUCACUGUGGCACUUUCAGUCACUGGCAUGGAUGUGGUCCUCAUCACCACCUCCUACGGCUUGAUCCUGCGGGCUGUGCUGCGCCUGCCCUCCAAGGAUGCCCAAUUCCGAGCAUUUAGCACUUGUGGAGCCCAUAUUUGUGUGAUUCUGGUUUUCUAUGUACCUGCCUUCUUUUCAUUUUUCACCCACCGCUUUGGCCACCAAGUACCUCCUCAUGUCCACAUUGUACUUGCAAAUCUCUAUCUCCUCGUGCCCCCUGUUCUUAACCCCCUGGUCUAUGGCAUCAAUACCAAACAAAUCCGCCUAAGAAUAUUUGGCUUUUUUAUGGGAAGGAGGUAGAUAGACUCUCUAUAUACCCCAAGGACCAAUGGGAAAAGUUUUAUAAUUAAUCUUUCAUCUUCUCUAGUACAUCUUAUCCUUGGACUAGAGGUUUCUGUUUCUGCUAAUUCUAGCAAACCAGUAUCAUGUAUUAUCUGAAAGUUUCUGAAGUAUUUAGAACAACACAUUUAUACUUGCUCAAUCUACAGAAGACUAUUUUCCUGUAAGGCUAUUAUGUGGCUCAUUAAUUGGCCUGUAGGUUUUGAAUCUUCCUAGGAAAAGGUCAGGAGGCAUUGUAGUACUUUUGAUAGUAAGAACCAGUAAAUUACUCUAUGUACAGAAAACUCAGGGCUGGAAAGAGGAAAAGUGAUAAAAAAAGAUCCACUUACUUAUAGCUUCAAGAAAUUGAGA